UCUGUUUUUCAUCCUCCCUGAGGGUGACCUUUAGCACAGGGCAGGAGGCCACCAAAGGGAGGGCGGCCCAGCUUGGGGUCUAACAUCGCAUGGGGAGGGGUGUUGACAUAGAAAGAAAGCAGCUCAGGAGUCCACGCCUCCCAAAUGCGCCGUGCACGCCCUUGGGGACUAAGGCAGAGUUCAGGGCCUUGGAGGAACGCAGGAGAGUUGGGAGGGCAGUGGAAUGUCCCAGGGUUAUCUACAAAGGUCUAGCUUUCUUGGGGACAUUUCAGCUGCAGCCUGGAAGAGUGCGCCUGGUCGAGAAGCCCUGAGUCAGGGGGCGGUGGAAGGGGCAGGAGGGCCCACGGAUUCCCGCGCCCGCGCGUUCCCUAGGAGUCGCCAUGGCAACGGACGCCGGGUUCUGGACUCCGACUCCCCGGAUCCCGCAGCUCCGCGGGAGGCGCACGGCCACCUCCGGGGCUCCCAUGGAGAGCUGGGGCGACUCGCCCGAGACAGCAGAGUGCCGAAAGAUCUUCGACCUCCUCGAGUCCACGAUUCAAGAAUUCCAGUUCAAUUCCAGGAAACUAAAUCUCUUCAGGUGGAUUUUGGAUUCCUCAAACAAUUGGUUCAAUUGAAAUUUGAGGACCGUCUUAAAGAGGAGUCUUUCAAUCUCUUCACUGUUCUACAUGACAGGAUCCUCGCAAUGGAAAACCAUUAUCAACAGAAUGAGGAUAGCAUAAGAAAAUGCUAUAAUCAGCAGUUGGCUGAUGCCAUAGCUGUCGUCAAAGGAAUGUACAAGAAAUAUUUUGAGGUGGAGGAAGAGCAGACUUCUAUGCAAGACACGAUGGCUGUCAAGAUGAAUAUUUUGUUAAGAAAACUAAAGGAGAGAGAUGAAAUUAUUAGGGAAUUACGAGAGGAGCUGGAGCUGUAUGAAGAAUUUGGAUUCCAAAGAUGUGAAUCUCUUAUCAGAGACAGCAGCGGGGCAAAAACACCUCUAGAAAAGGAAGCUGUGGAUUACAAAGCAGAAAAUGAGAGACUGCUUCAACUUGUUUCAGAACUCGAAGAAGAGCUGCAACUCAAUCAAAAAGAAAAUUCAAUGUUAGAAGAUGAAAUUAUAAGUCUGAAAGAGAUCGCAGAAAAGGAUCAUAAAACUAUUCAAAGGUUAAGGGAUGGUAGAGACAGACUACUGUAUGAGCUUGAUUUUGAAAAAUCGUUAGUUCAAGACAUGAUGAACAAGCAGAAAGAGGACAUGGAAACAAGAAGGAAGUUUGAGGGUCUAAGCGUAAAGAGCAUGAGAUCAGCCAAGGGGAAAGAAGUCACUUUGCCCUCCUCCCAACCCGGGACUCAAUUCAGCAAAGGAACCAUUUCAAGGCCACACUCUGCCUCCAUCAGUUCAUCAUCUGCUAGAACCAAAAAAGCUAAGACACCAAAGAAGUCUUCAAAGGAAGAGGAGCUUGUGGACUUUCUAACUGCUAUGCCCAGAGGUAGUUCCGGCUCGGGCUCCGGCUCCAGACCCCGCUCCAGACUUAGAUCCAGAGGCUCCAAGGCAGAGUCCAGGCGGCCGAGUCUGGUGACAGAUCAAGAGAAGGGAGAGGUGAUUAAAAAUGCACAUAAAGAAAAGAAGGUGAAAGAACCAGAGAUUAUGGCUGCAAGCAAACAUUCUCUGGAGGAGGAAAUAGAAAUAUUAAAGGCCAAUUUAGAAAAUGAGAAAAAGAAGUCAGAAAGGUUUAGGAAGGAAUCAGAACGGAUAAACAAAAGUUGGGAAAGGAAAUUCUUUGUUCUCAGGAACAGCUUCCAUGCCCUUAAGAACGAGAUGUUUACUAGACACACAUUGUUUCGUCAAUUUGCAGUGGUUGCUGACACAUCUUUCAAUUAUGUUAAAGUAAAACCUUUAUUAGUGCAGUCUAAAGUGAACCUGGCAGAAUCUACAACUUCUGUAAAUGAUUUUCAUGGAGCUUUGAUAGAAAGCAAGUACCUGGACAUAGAUGGUGAUCAGAUAGCCUUUGUGUCUUCAACAAAAGCGAGGUUGUCAGAAACCCUGGAAAAAGAGGCUUUAGAGAAGCCAUCGAUACCACAGAACACCCCGGUGAACGACAUGGAUGCUACUGAGUAACGGGGCAGACCCCUGGGCUGCGCAGAGUGGGACCACAGAAAGAAGGCCCUCGCCAUCCUGGCUGUGGGGCCUGCCUCCCCGGCGAGGGAUACCAUCUCCAAGGCGUUUCUGAAACAACUGUUCCGUCUCUCCGGAUGAUGUACGCUAACGCGAGCGCAGCUCUUGAGAACGCGAAGCGCGCCCUCUGUGCGCACCUUUCUGGGCCCUGAAGGACACCUUGCUCGCUGCUGCUGGGGGAGUGGGGCGCACGGAUCCUGAAGGGCCGCCAAAUCCAUGCCGGCGUUCCCCAGGCUCAGCAGUGUGCCCCGGCGCCUUAUGGUGGGAAGGAACGGACUUCAAUUAAAAAGUUUAAGGCACUAAAUUCGUUUCACUCCCUCU